CGGCCAGAACCGCGGCAGAGCCGAAUCGGAUGGAAGGAAGGCAGCCAGGCAGGCCCCGCUGCCCGACUGACCGUCCUCGACGUCUGUUACACGUUGUACCUUUACUCCGGUCUGCGCGUUCUUCAGGAACGUACGUGCCGUUUCUCCCAACCGCGCGAUCCCUUGCCUCGCAAAGGCAGCCGUCAACUGUGACCGGUGCAACGUGCAUACUCUUGUCUUCAGUUUCGAAUUCGUAGUUAGCGACUAACAAUAAGAUAUAGAGACCGACGCGUAUCCAGCUAACUUUUGUUUCUUACUUCUUGCUUGCUCGCUCGUUCGCCGUCCACCAGAGGAUUCAGUUCCAAUUUUCUUCUUUUUUUUUUCUCUUUUCACCAACUGCGUUAAAAGAGAUAUCAGUGAUAUGGCCCAGCUGAUUAACGUCAAGCUCUCGAGGUUCGAUGGAUCUCCCUGGGGCUUCCGUCUUCAGGGGGGCAAGGAUUUUGGCACCCCGCUCGUCGUACAAAAGGUUAAUAACGGAUCGCCGGCGGAAGCGGCUGGCCUGAGGGCCGGCGAUGCAGUUAUCAGGGUCAAUAACACGGAGGUGUACAAUCUCAGGCACAAGGACGCGCAGGACGUUAUCGUGAGGGCUGGGAACAACUUCGAGUUGACAGUACAGAGAGGUAGCGGCACUUGGAAACCGCACGUAACUCCGCUAAGUUCGAGCCUGCCGUCGCCAUCGCCUACCGGCGGGCUCGGCAAUAUCGCUCCAGUUACGAAAACAUCGUUGGCGGCCAACAAGAAGGAUGGGCCGCACAUCGGAAGUGGCCACAAUUUCAGCCCAAAGCCAUUCCUCAAUGGAACGGGAGACGGUUCGAUCAAGUCCAUCGUUAACAAACAAUACAACAGCCCGGUGGGCAUCUACAGCGAGGAGACUAUCGCGGAGACUCUUUCCGCGCAAGCGGAAGUUCUGGCCGGUGGCGUGCUCGGGGUGAACUUCAAAAAGAACGAGAAGAACUACAACGCGGAGAACAGCGAGGUGUUCAAGAUGGUCCAGGAAGCGGACAAAGAGCCAAAGACGCCGGAGCCUGUUCCUUCGAGAACAGAGUUUUACUCGUCGGUGAGCCAUGCUGUUGGCGGAAGGGCUACUUCGCCGAGAUCACCCACGCCUCUGUUUCAUGCUCUGCACGGUAGUCCGGCCUUCAAUUCCAAUGAAUGUCCGUCGUCGAAACGUCCAGCGCAGCGGCAGGAGUCCUCUUCUUCCUCCCCGGCGUCGUCGGGCGUUCGUUGUAGCAACUGCGACCGAGUGAUCGUAGGCGUCUUCGUAAGGAUCAAGGACAAAAAUCUGCACGUAGAGUGUUUCAAGUGUUCCACCUGCGGCACUUCCCUGAAAAAUGUCGGCUAUUACAAUAUCAACAAUAAAUUGUAUUGCGACAUUCACGCGAAAUUAGUCGCCAGACAGAACGCACCAGCUGGCUUGGUUCCAAUAACCAUACCGCCAGGCGGAAAGGCUCCUGCGAGCACGAUUUCCGCUGCGCUCGCGAACGCGCCGUUGUCUCCUCCACUGAGCAAUCAUACGUCGUCGCCUCAGCCAUUCUCUGCUUACAAUCGCUCGAGCCCCGAUUACGGAUCCCCGAACUCUCAGCUAUCGUCGCCGAAUAGGAACGGAUGCAUCACCAACGGCAACUGCCACUGGGAAUCGAAAACGUUUACGAGCACGAUCACCAUUCAGACCGGUUGCACAGAGCCCACCCGUCUUGGCACGUCGCCCGUCGAUCCACCCAGUUUCCGAUCAGUCCAGGCUCCAACGUCGAACAACUUAAUUGGUCCUAAACCUUUCGGAGGAUCGACCGUGUCAUCGCCGCCGUUGCUGAACUCGGGAAACAGCACUCUACCUCGACCACAGAGUCAGACUGUGACCGAAAACUCGACGGAAACCUACGAAAAGUCCUACUAUUACGAGAUUGUCGAGAACACGAAAACCGAUUACCGUCCCAGCUCUGUAAAGUCGAAAAGCCUCGCCUGGCCACCUCCGAAGCCCAUCGAGGAUAUCACUUAUCCCACUGCCAGCCCCUUGUACAUCGAUCCGAAUCCUGCCCUCGAUCGGAGAAGCAGACAAGCGGUGAAAGAGAAGAAAGCCUGCAUCGAGGCUUGCGAGAAAGCCCUGACGAGAGGGCAGAAGAGAGGCGAGAGCACAGACCGGGAGGUGGAGAAAGUCACCAGACAGUGCUAUCGGUUUGAGGAGGACCCGAUGGAUCGCGUCAGUUGUCCAGGCCCGGUUUACAGAAAGGUCGAGCUGGUGGAGACUACCAGCAGACAGUCGAGAACCGAGGUGCCGUCGAGAGCCAGCUCGGCCGAAAGCGUCAGGAGAUCUUUGACGCCGACGAGGAUCGUUCAACCGGUGCCGAAACCAUGGACAGCCACCGUCACCACGGGCAGCAAUCUUUACGAACAGAGUUACGUCGGUGUCGAGCCACCCAAAGUGUGCAAGAAGUUCCAUCAGAAGGAGAUCUGUCAGAGGGAACGAAUAUGCGAGAGGAAUCAGCCUUUCCGCGAGGAGCAUCGUACGUAUCGAUCGGAGUUUUGCAGACGAGAACAGACCAUCAGCCAGAAGCCACCGCUGCCGACUCAACAAGUGACGAAGCAGGAUGAAACGAGAGAGGAGACGACGGAGAUCGACAAGCAAGUGAUAGACCUGAGACCGGCCGAUGAUCUCGAGGACGAAGAUGGCGAUGGGAUCAAAGGAGAGCAUGACUUCAUAACGGAGACGUCCGAAGAGGACAUCGAUGGAAUGCACGUGAGGACGAAAAUGACUCUGGAGAAAACUGUCGAGCCGUCGCCGGUACGACCUAGUACCCCAGCGGUGGAAGAAUCUAGAGAGGAAACGACGGCAGAGGAAACGGUGGAAAGGGAAGAGGAAGUUUGUAUGAGGAGAACGACGACAAAGGUGGAAAAAGAGCAGUCCGAAGAGAAAACGGUAGUCGAGUCUGCCGAGGUGGUAACCUCUGCUGUGGAUGUGCAACAGCUGAUAGAGAAAGCGAAACAGGAGGAGGAGGAGAGAAAGCGAGAGGAGGAGGAGGAAGAAAAACGAAAGCAGGAAGAGGAAGAAAGAAAGAGGCGGGAGGAGGAGGAACGGUGGAGAAAGCGACUCGAGGAAGAGGAGCGAAGAAGACAGGAGGAAGAGGAGCAAAGCAGACACGUGACUUUCGAGGAAGAAGAGGAAGUGGAGGAAGUUCGAGAACAACCUCUGGGAAGGACGGUGGUACGCGAGGAACGAGUGACGGAAGCUGAGAGCGACACUCCUGGACGUACGAAGCUCAUCAAGGAGACUUACGAAGAGAUCACGGAAGAGGUGCUGGUUCAAGAACGCGUUAAAAGGAAAUGCAUCGAGGAUGAACGCAAAAAGAGUUUAAGGGAACAAGUGGAGGUCCAUAAAAGCUUGAGGGAUCAACAGGCACCGAAGGAUCGACGCGUAUGCUCCAAGUAUCCUCCGGCCCAGGAGAUUAUGGAGAGCAAUAAAAAACGCGUGCAGUUUAUGAAGCAGACUGAUACAGGGCCGAAACCAAUACCUCAUUCUGCUCUUCAGAACGCCACGCCUAAAGAGUGGAAGUCCGAAAUGGUGAACGCUUUGACAACCGCGCCCGAUCGACCCUACACGCCUCUCAGUACGUCUUCCAGCGUGAAGGAAGUAUUCACGGAAGAGACUAUAUACUUGGAUCGUAGGUGUCGACCUAAACCACCGCCUCAAGAUCUCCGACCAAUUUCUCCGUUUCAGGAGGCACUCACGAUCGCCCCGGAACGUCCCUACACGCCUCUCAGUCGCGAGAUCGGACCCGAGGAUCAGAAAAUCGCGAGUCGUUCCCAGACACCCGUGAUUACAGGAGACGGAAGUGCUCACUGUCCCCCUGCUGACAUUCUGUUCGGCGAGGGAAGAAGCGCUCGGACUCCUCCUCCUCCCAAACCAUCCACUCCUCGACCUUUGCCUACUCCACCGCCUGAUUUUCGUCUGAGAGACAUUUCCGUGUCCGCGCGGCCUCAGACGCCGUGCAGCAAAGGUGUAACUGCACCUCUGAAGAAACCAGACACCAUUCCCUUGUAUCAAAGAAAUCUAGUGGCUACGAGAAAGGGUGCGGUCGAAACUCACACGUACGAACCGAACAGGACUCCGACUCCAACACCGGGAAGGUGUAAAUCACCGGCUUACGGGCCGCCGGAACCGCCUUCCUGCUACGUGAAGGCCCAGGCGCCGAGAAUCAGAGAAGAUCCUCCUCCACCUAUGAAGCGAAGUUCCAUGCACUUCCCUACUAAAAAGACCGUUUCUUACAAAGUGGACGAAGACACCGACGACGGGCACAGGCACGCCGAGUAUGCCGCAUCGAAAACCGUCGAUUUUGACGAGAAACGUACCGACGAUCCGGGCAAAGAGCCGACGGAUGCGGUUCACGCUGCUUACCAAGAGAAACGAUACAUGACCAGCGAAGAAACGAGCGAAGAGAAGAAGUCGGUGACGAGAAGAUCGCUCGAAGUUACCGAAGACUUCGAAAGGUGCGAGAAGAGAAUUCCAACUCGACCGUUGCCGGAAAGAACAGAGAAACCACGGGAGAAACCACCCAAGGGCGCGUGUGCCAUUGGUAGAACAAGUCCUUCUCAACCUUCGUUGCCUUGCCCCAUGUCCUCGCAAACGGGUGCGAGCUCUCCCGCUCAGCCAAUUUAUAGCAGCUCGACGGAAGUGCGUCACGUUAGUUACGGAACUCCGCCAUCGAAACCCUGUCCAGAUACCGGCGUAACGGUGCUGCCGUGCAAAGCACAGUCUGAUCAAGGUACCAAAGCAGGCGUGGUGGUGGUACCAUGCGAAGGGCCGAAUAUCUGUUGCCAAAAGUCAGGCGUAUGCGUGAUACCAACUCCCGAUCGCUCCGGAGUAUGCGUCUCGCCUUGCUUCGGCGGGACCUGUGGCCAGCCGUCCGGUCAGUGUGGUCGAGAAUCUUCCUGCGACUUCAACGUCCCGAGAAACUGUCCGGAGAGCGGUGUCUGCGUGUCACCGUGCCCCGAUGGAUCCGUUUGCGUGGCGCCGUGCUCCAAGCCUGGCGUGCCUCCUUCGAGGGCAAAGCUCCCCUUCCCUCAGAUCCCUUUACCAGACGAGGACGCUCCCGUACCCUGCUCUCAAAGUAAAAACUCCUUCGAGCCUAUCCACAAGCCUCGCACUAACCUGAGUGGGCAGCUCGCGCGACUGACUGCCAAAACUAGAACAAGCCAGAACGUUCCCACAGUGCAGUUGUACAAGCCCCAAGCUCAAAGCCAAGAGCAAAGCCAAAGCUGCGAGACUAAGAGCUACUGCUGCAAAACCCAAAGCUACUGUCGCUCCACUGAGACCAGUCGCCAGUCUGGUGGUCAAUGUUCGAUUAACACCCGUUGCCAAACCGGAAAUCAAUGUGGAACCCAAAAUUACUGUCAGGACGGUAUCCAUUGUGAACCCUCUAGCAAUACCCAGAGUUUAGUAGACCCACCAAAUUUGUCAUCCCACCCGGAUCUAGGUACCGGAGUCGGUGGUCUCGGUGGUGCCGGGUCGAAGAGCGGAACUUUCGCUGGUAGCAGCGCGCCAAAGCGAGGAAGGGGAAUCCUAAAUCAAGCAAGCGGACCGGGAUCACGAUUGCCCCUCUGCGCCCAUUGCAACUCUUAUGUCAGGGGGCCGUUCAUCACCGCUUUGGGACAAAUCUGGUGCCCCGAUCACUUCGUGUGCGUGAACACGCAGUGUCGCCGGCCUCUUCAAGACAUUGGAUUCGUAGAAGAAAAGGGACAACUCUACUGCGAGUACUGCUUCGAACGUUUCAUCGCUCCGUCUUGCAACAAAUGCAACAACAAGAUCAAAGGCGAUUGUCUGAACGCGAUUGGAAAGCAUUUCCACCCUGAAUGCUUCAAAUGUUCCUAUUGCGGCAAAUUAUUCGGCAACAGCCCGUUCUUCCUCGAAGAGGGAUUGCCCUACUGCGAAGCAGAUUGGAACGAGUUGUUCACGACGAAAUGUUUCGCGUGUGGAUUCCCAGUCGAAGCUGGAGAUCGCUGGGUGGAGGCCCUGAACAAUAAUUACCACAGCCAGUGUUUCAACUGCACGAUGUGCAAGAAGAAUCUCGAGGGCCAAAGUUUCUACGCGAAAGGCGGUCGUCCAUUCUGUAAAAAUCAUGCGCGUUAAAAACCUGAAUUCGUUGCAUUCUAACGCAUGGAAAAAGGGGCGAGGGAGGGGGGGGGGAAUAAAGGGGAAAGGGAGUUGUUCGAAAGAAAGAAGAAAAAAAAAAGAAAAAGGAAAAAAAAUAGGAAAAGCGGAGAAACAUUGCGAUGAAAACGCGUAUCUCAACUCUACGAGCACGAAUCCUUUCUGCGUAAAUUGUAUUUUACCGUGAAAUUACUUCUUGUUCUUGUUAUACGUAUGUUUUCGGUCGACGACAACUAACCCAGCGAGUCGGUGUUGAGAACACCGGCUGUUAUAACCGUAGGACGAUUUGCGAAUAUAUUUAUUUUACGAACGAAAUACGUUAAUUGAAUGCGAAACUAAUUGUAUCGAUUAAUUGUAACUUCCUUGAUAUUUAAAUACCUUCCUCUCUCUGCUUGAAGGCAGAGAUACCUUGAAGUCGGCAAAGUCGAUCGAAAAUUAGAAAGAGUGUCCUUCGUACUUCGGGGAUCGCGCUCCCAAGACGAUCACGUUUCUCGAAUUUCCGUGAUCGGCCGCGCUCGUGCUCGCUUAACGUUAAUACCAUUUACCAAGCGCCCACGUAACUACGUAACUAAGUAAUUAUACUACGGCAACUACUCAACCACGUUCGCCCAAAAUGACAACUAUAUAUCCCGGAAUCAUGUCGACGAUUAUCCAUACGCCAUGAAGUCGCACCCACGUGAUGCGAGUAAUCGCGAACUCGGUAACGAACUAAAGCCGAACAUCGAUUUUAUAUAGGCUGCUACCGUAAUUAAUUCUAACGGGAGAGAAAGAGAAAGAGAGAGAGAAGUGAAAUACAUUCAUAUAAUUCAUGCCAGCGACACUUCUCCAAACUAAGUUGUCAUUUGAUCGAAAGAAGUUAAGAAGAACUAUCUAAGAAGCCAUUGCAUCGGCACAAAAUUCCUCGAGUUUUACUGCCUCGACAUUCCACGACUAAUUGGUGGAUUAAGCAGCCAUAAAAUAUCGAUGAGACGCAAACCUCCGUCUGCUUGCGCGAUUCCACUUUUAAUGGCUGCGACGAGUAAUCGUAUAUCCGUGGCGGACGGGUCUCGAAUACCUCGUAUAAAAUCGUUGCCGCAGAAAAUUCUGCAACGAUACAAUAAACGCGCCGACAUAGUCUCCGUGGUCGAAUCACGCAAAGGUCAUCCAAGCAAUUAGUAUUACUGGCAUUAUCACAUAUUUCGCAUUACCAGGGUGUAUCCAACACGAAAAUGUCGGUCUGCUUGUUCGUUGAUUCGGGCAGGACUGGAUUUUGACGCAAACCUCUUGGAUCUAAUCGCGAGCGAUGAAAGACGAAGGCUAGAAAGACACUUGUCUUUCUAUACCUGAGGUUUCCCAACAAAGAGAAAUCUCUCUGACUUGUACAAUCGAUUGACGAAUCUCAAUGCCAGAGAAGUUCGAAAUCCAAGAUCUGUUCGUUCGCGAAUAUCUGAAUGCUGAUGGUGCAUUGUGAGAAAGCAACGAAUAUAUAUAUAUAUAUAUAUAUAUUGUGUUGCACGCGCGUGGAUGAUCAGUUCAACUGAGAGUUUGCCAGUGACACUUGUUACCCAUGUCAGAUCGAAGAGCACAUUUAGCUAAAUAUCUUCGUACAUGCGAAUCUCGUCGUAAAUCAUCCGGCGGAACCCAAUCUCCUACCCUGAAAUCAGGCGGUCGAGAAACGAGCGUAAUAACAGAAUCUUCUUCCAAUCAUUUAGCCGAGCGACCAUUUUACCGAGAACGUAGUCUUCAUUUUUAGCAUGAUCAAACGUUUGGAAAGCUUGAGGUAAAAUUGAAUAAACAGUCACGUACGACGGAAACACGCUCGCCAGUGUGCUUGAAUUGAUUUAAGGUGCCUGGCUUUCAGGGUAAUACUACUAAAAGCGAAACAUGGUGAGGGAACUAGUUUCGGGGAUCGAGAAACUUGCACUUGAUAGCAAUCGCCGUGUAAUUUUAGAAAAAGGUUACCGAUUUCUGUGCCAUUAUUGCAAGCUCGUGUCGUGUAGUAGCUACGAUAAAAUACGAUUAGAUAGCAAAACUCGCUAAUCGAAGGACAAUGAUUGCGUAAUUUGGUGUGUCGAGGUGCGUGAAUGAUGUCGAGGAAUUGAUUUGAUCUAGCAUUCGAGAUCGAUGCAAUAUCGGAACGCGAUUUAUAAUUAGAAAUUAAUAUUAAUCAGAUCGACUACUGGCUGAAUAUCGCACGAGCUUCUGUAUCCGUGUUACGUGUUGCUUACAAUAAACUAAAAUGUUCGUGUA